AUGAGUUAUUCUGCCAUGCAGGCCAACAUAACCCAUCUCAACACCAGCUUGGACCCUGAUUACGAUUCUUUCCUCAAUCUCGAGAAUAAUGACUACACACCUGCCUCGACUUCUCCAGGCUUGACGUCCGUGCCGAUGCUGACGCCGCAGUCUUCGAUUCCCAAUUCCACCACCUUCGGUUCAAGCUCGAAUCCUCAGACCUUUCCCGGACCCAGUUUCCAGUACGACGCGUACCAUCAACAAACUGGUAUUCCAAUUGGAGCAUUGGCCAAUACUUUCAAUAUCAACAAGGCAAGCGGUCUAUAUUACCACGAGGGAAAUGGAGGGUUUAUCAUGCCCACUGAGACAUUGAACAUGCCAUUGAGCAACCUCGACGAGUUCGACUUUUCUCGCAAUCCAUCCGAUAUGGACUUCGAGGCGGACUCUCCGAACGACCUUCCAACCAUGUUUUCUUCCGACCAUCCAUCUGGCCAGGCUCAAUUCGUCAGUCCCAACACAUUACUGAGCCAAAACAACACUUCCUCUACCUCGGUCCAACGCAUCUACCCCGGCAUGCAUAGCCAGCAGGCUGCCCUGGAAAAAGCUCAGCAGGCACAGAAGCAGGAACAGAUGGCUCGUGAGCAGCAGCAACACCCCCGUGGACAGAAGCCUCUUCCUGCCCCACUGUCGACCAAACCGCAACAGGUUAAGGAUCCUUUGGUGGAAGAGAGCAUCUCUAAAGUCCUGCAUCGCAUGAGACAUGCCAGUGUUGCUUCCACCGUCGACGACGAAAAGACUUCAGUCACCGGCAUGUCCAAUACCCCUCGAAUCAAGAGGGAUGAGGACGAGAUGGAUGAAGACGAACGACUCUUGGCCAGCGAAGAGGGGAAGAAACUUUCGAGCAAAGAACGCCGUCAACUCAGAAACAAGGUGUCUGCUCGAGCAUUCCGUUCUCGGAGAAAAGAAUAUAUCAGUCAACUCGAAGGUGAAGUUGCUGUCAAAGUACAGGAGGCGAACGACCUCCGUGCCCAAAACCAACAACUUCGGGAAGAGAACAACCGCCUCACUGACCUUACCCGCAUGCUCCUCUCCUCCCAAGCUUUUGCAGGUUUUCUGCAAGAGCUUAGUCAAUCUGGCUUGCCACCGCCAACCGUUCAAGGCAACAGUCAGCAGCAAAAGUCUGCUCAGUCCCAGCCUCAACCUCAGCCCACAAAGAAAGAUUUUGGUGCUCAUGAGGCAAAUCAUCAGAUGCAAAACCAGCGACCCCAAGUGGGCAUGGCUUUAAUUCCGGACACUCCGAUGGACUUGUCCUCUCUGCAGCCCUCAAACUCAUGGAUGACUACUCUUCCGACCAAUGAUUUCCAAGUUUAUGCUGUUGCGGAAUUGCCCGAGCCACCAGUACUUGACCUGUGCAAUCUCUCUGGGAAAGGAAGCUCCGACACCAGUACCCCCAAACCUUCCAAAGAGGUUCCACGUCUUGCUGAAAAUGCUCCCCUUGUUACGAGCGCCGAGUCAGAAUCUGAAGCAAUUCAAGUCGACGAUUCAGUUGUCUUAGACCAAGAGUCUUUUGCACUGUACUUCGACUCGCCCGCUACUAUUUCUGGCGAGCCUUCUGUGCUUGAUGGCUCGUCAAAUGAGCAGGUUUCGGACGAGGCAUCAUUGGCGAGACGACUGAACAAAUUGUGCUCUGAUCUGGACGAUGUCUGUGAGAGGCUUGCACACUUCACCUGGCACAUGGACUACGAUGUUAUGGGAUUGCGGGAAUCAAACAAGUGA